AGUCCCGUCUAAUACACGUUGAAAAAAAAAAAAGUGAAAUAUACUUAUUCUUAGAAUUGUUAUUUUACAUUAUAGCUGGGAAAACCAAACCGUACUCUUAUCUGCUAGUAAUGGUAUUUUUGUAUAUAUAUUUCACGCAUACAAUCUGUUUACGGACGAUGCUAAUCGUGGGUUUAUUUUUCAAUACUUCUUAGAAACGAAAUAAAAUGUGUUUGAUCGUCAUAUUAUCAGUAUUUACGAAAAUAAUUAAGAUUUAUGAACCGGGACUCAAAUGUGCCGUCAGUCCGUACGUGUGUCGUGCGCUCUUGCUGUCGCUCGUUCUCGUUGUCGCAGUUCAUGUUAUCAAAGUUGUGUAAUCGUCUCGUGUUCGGUGUUCUUUUUUUAUUUCGCAAGUUUAUGUUAUUAUGUCUUAUUAAUUUGUGUGUAAAUUAAAUUUUUUUUAAUCAAAAUGAGUGCUAAAAAAGUAUCGGAUCUUGAGGAAUGGCUAGCAAUGGAUAUACCCGACGGUGAAGAUUCUGAAGAUGAAUAUGAUUUGGAUGACAUCUUGACUAACGAAGAAGCUCAAAAUGAGCAAUAAUCAAAAUCAAAGUGCUUCAUCAGGUUCGUCUAUAGUAGAUACUAGAACUUUGAGGUCCCAAACUUCUCAAAUGCCUAUUGUUGUAAAUGUACCGGUUGAAAGAGAUGUUAUUCCUGAAAUUAUAGAACCUAAUAUCGAAAUAAAUCGACAGUGGAAAAAAAAAGAUGUAAUUACUGCUGAACUGCCCCAAUAUGACGUACAACAAUUAUUAUAUAAUGAAAAUAUGUUUGCUGGUUGCAAAACUGCUACUGAUAUUUUUCUAAAAUUUAUUCACCCUAUUGUCGACAAUAUAAUUUUCCAAAGUAAUCUUUAUGCAACACAAAAUGAUAAAAAUUUGAAGCUAACUGAAAAAGAAUUGUAUGCUUUUUUGGGAAUAAAUUUUUGCAUGGGGUACAAUAAAUUACCAUCAUAUAAGUUAUAUUGGAAUACUAGUGAAGAUUUACAUGUACGUUCGAUUUCCAAAGCCAUGUCUAGGGAUCGAUUUCGAGAAAUAUUGUCAAAUAUUCACGUUAAUGACAAUGCGAAUUUACCAAAUAAUAAUAAAGAUAAAUUAUAUAAAUUACGUCCUAUGAUUGAUACUCUAAAUACAAUUUUUCCCGAAGCAUAUUAUGGAACUCGUGAAUUAAGCGUUGACGAAUCAAUGAUAAAAUUUAAGGGUCGAAGCACGAUUAAACAAUAUAAUCCCAUGAAGCCCAUUAAACGCGGUUAUAAAUUAUGGUGCAUUGCUGACCAAAACGGUUACAUUUUGAAAUAUUCAGUAUACCAAGGCAAAAAUGAAACUUUGGAACAAGAGUUCGAUAAGUAUAAUUUGGGUGAAAGAGUAGUACUUAUGUUGACUAAACCUUUUUGGAAACAACAAAGAAUCAUAAUAUUUGAUAAUUAUUUUACAUCAAUUACACUUUUGGAAAGAUUAAAAAAUGAACAAACAUUGGCUUGUGGUACUAUACGAAAUAAUCGUAAAGGAAUGCCACAAAAUCUAAAAAAAGAUUCGGAUAUUAAGCGUGGAGAUUUCGACCAUAGAUUUUCUACUUCUGGAAUCGUCAUAUUUAAAUGGAAAGAUAAUAAAGUUGUGUACUUGGCAUCAAACUAUCAUGGUAAUGAAACUACGACUGUGCAACGAACUUCAAAAGAUGGCUCAAAAUCAAAUGUUACGUGUCCGACAUUGGUAAAAGACUACAAUGCGUUCAUGGGAGGAGUAGACCACGCGGACCGACUGCGAGCUUUAUAUUGCGUUGAUCGAAAAUCAAAGAAGUGGUGGUUACGAAUUUUCUGGGGCCUUCUGGACAUAGUUUUUGUAAAUGCAUACGUUGUGUAUUGUCAAAUUUUUGGACAAAUGGAUGUAUUAGAAGUUCGACGUUCAAUCGCCCUCGGACUUAUGUCUGAGUGUGACCCAACUUCCAAAAGGUCAAUAUGCUUAAAAAGAACUCCCCCGAAUACUCCUAGCAACCGAAGGAAAAAAGCCAUGUCCAUUGUUAAAGACGUGAGAUUGGGUAAUAGAGGUAUUCAUUGGCCAGCUUUCGGAUCAAAAAGGGGAAGGUGUGAACUGUGUAGUAUAAGAGGAGUGGAGUCUAGACCAACUUCAACUUGUAGUCAUUGUCGUGUGUUUUUAUGUUGCAAUGAAAAAAAAAAUUGUUUUGUUGAUUACCACCAAAUAGAUAUAAGUAAAAAAUAA